CUGCUCGAUGUUUACGGUUGUUUGAGUUUCCACAUUGAACGAGGUGUUGGCUUUAUGUUGUGUCAGCCAGCAAAGGUAUGCAGCUAUCUUGGAACUACGUUAUGUAAAGGGGGACAUUAAAAAACCCAUGUUCACUCAUUUUGAUCCAGCAGAGAAAUGGGCAGGUGGCAGUAAACGCCUGUUAAUCCAGACUAAUCCACCAACGAAGAAGAAAGUGUGACGGUUCACUUCCGCAACUACUGACAGUGCGACAACAUGGACGCGAUGCCCGAAUUCAACCGGGAGUCUGGGUUUGCGGGCGAAAGCGGCGCCGUGAAGAUACAAGAGCGACUCCAGAAGCGGCACCAGGCGAGGGCGGAGGACGCCGAGCGGAGGAAGGAAGCCAAGGAGAGCAAGUCGGUCGCGGAGGAACAGGGCGAGUACUUCUGCAGCUCUUUCUACACGGAGCGGGCGUCCAUCGAGGAGCUGCUGUCCGGCUGCUCCGGAGCCGACCGGGCCGCGGUGGCUCUACUGCUGGAGGAGGUGACGGCCAGGACCCUCCAGCUGCAGAAGUUCCUGAACGACAGCACGUUGUUUCUCACGCAGUACGAGCUGAGGAAAGCCCAGGACGCUCUCCAGAAGCUCCAGUCCUCCCUCGCCGAGGCCAGAGAGGAGGCCCUGCCCAGGAAGAAGUUUGCCUUUCGAGCUCGCGCCAAAGCGACAGAUAAAGCCCCUGCAGCUGACGCACCCCCACCUGAUGCCGGCGCACCUGCAGAUUCUGGUGGGGCCAAGGUGGAUGGCGCUGCGGAGUCUGUGCAGUGCAGCUUCUCCAACAUGGACAGCGUGUGUCUGACGAAGACUGCCGAGGAGAUCCAGAAACGAGACGUGCUGUUGACUCACCUGACGAACUGCAAGGUCCGCCUGUUCGGUUCCCCCAGCACGCUGCACCUGAAACACAUCGACAGCUGUGAGAUCCUGUGUGGCCCCGUGUCCAGUUCGGUAUUCAUUGACCACUGCAGAAACAGUACUCUGGCCAUCCCUUGCCAGCAGCUGCGUACCCACCACACCACAGACACAAAGGUGUAUCUGCACGUCACCAGCCGGGCCAUCAUCGAGGACUGUCGUGGCGUGAGCUUCGCCCCGUUCUCCUGGUCGUAUCCCACCCUGGAGGAGGACUAUGCCGUGUCUGGCUUAGACCAGGGCCGAAACAACUGGAGCCAGGUGGAUGACUUCAACUGGCUCGCCGCAGGAACGCAUUCCCCGAACUGGUCCGUCAUUCCAGAAGCGGACAGGAGAACCAACUGGGAUCCCUAGAAUUACAUCUUAAAACCGUGUUAUUUACCAAAGUAACAUAUGAAAUGUGUUUCAGCCCCUAAUGCAGAUAAGGUGUCAAUUCACAUUGCAGAUCAGUUUAUUUAUGCGGCUGCUGUUUGUUAAAGUUUCACUAAGAAAUACAAAUAUUUCCACCUGCACCUCACACUUUUUUUUUCUCAGACUUGAAUGUUCCUAUCUAGAGCCAGUGUUUGGUUUGUCCCUUCUGGGCUACUGUAGAAACAAUAAAAAUAUGCAUUUCAACUGUAACAUCUCAUACAUAAUACAACUCUUUAAAGACAGUUUAGUUUACUCCUACGUCGGACAAAGAGAAGCAGAAAUCCUCAUAAGAUUUUUUUUUUUUUGCUUAAAAAUGGGAUUUAUAAUUCAUCUAAUUGUUAUCAUUCUCAAAAGUCAGAUUUAGGUUGAGUUUUAUGAGUACUUUUUAAGGCUGUUCCCCUCCUGCUGAUCCUGCCUCACACACACGUCACCGUGGUUACGGUCAGAGGCAGAAUCUCCUCUGGCUCAAUGAAUGGACCAUUAGUGACUGUCAGGAACUCUGACCUAUUAAAAGGAUGAAAUGGGAGUCAUUGUGAGUGUUACAAAGCACCUGUUUCAUGGAGACCGGAUAUCAAAAAAACCUCAAAUGUAUCGUAUAAUACAGCUACAGAAUAAUUAAACGGACUAUUUAAACCAUUUGAGCGUAAAAGCUAUAAAGUGCUCUCACACAGUGCUGCAUAAUCAGCCUCCAUUACAAUGGAUUUGAGUAAAUGACUUGAAUAAAGAACCAAUGCUAAAAUAAUGUGCCUUUAUACUGCUCCACCCCCACGGCCCUGAGUGCCACUUACUUACAGAGAGCAACUAAAAAAAAGGAAUUGAAAUGUGACACAAAUAAAGAGGCUUCCUGCUCAAUAA